AGGGUUAUUGGGUAUCUUUAUGGGUGGAGGUUAAAGCAGAGCUUUAGACGGUCUGAGGGCCGUUGGAUGAGAUGAGAAGAUUUGAAGCAUUUAGAUGGAACGUGAAGAGUCUGGAGUGUCAAAUGGGAUCGGCUGGGUCUUGGGCGGCUGUUCACUAAGAUGUGAAAGAUUUUGCUGCGUUACUUUGGGUGCGAAGGAUCUGGAGGUUGUAAAUGGUGGGAAAGAUCUUUGGAUAGGUUUAAUGAGGUGGGUGGGGAGGUUUAAUUGGAAUGUGUAGUGUCUGGACCGGGUUGUUGAUUAGAAUGGGGAGGGUUUUUGGAGAUUUUAAAUGGGAUACAAAGUUUUGGGGUGGUUGGCAGUAACUGGGAGUCGAAGUGUCUUGGGGGUGUUCUACUGGGAUGGAAGGGCCUUAGGGGGUACAAAUGGCAAUGAAGGGUCAUGGUGGGCUUAAAUAGAAUGAAGACAAUCCCAUUAGAGGGGAGUUGUUAGAUGAUGUGGGGGCAGUGUAGAGGAAUUUGGAUGGUGUUGGGAGUGGUCUGAAGGGGUUUUAGAUGGGCCUUAAGGAUAUAUUGUGGGUGAAUUGUGGCUGAGAAAUAAUGUAAAUUUAUCAGUGAGGUGAAUUUUUAGAGGGAUGGAGUGAGCAUUGUGGUUUAGUCUGUUGGUUUUGUGUUGGGGGUGGUUCUUAAGUGGAGUGAGUAUCAUAAAGUUUUUGAAUGGGAUAUGUUCACACUCUUGUCUAAUGGUGGUAAUAAUCUGAUUAAAGUAUUAAUCAUUCUUAAAGGGCUUGACUGCACAGAUGUUGGGAGGUUGCUUCCUGUAGGCUGCAGUGUCAGAUGCACUGGUCAUAGUCAGCAAUUUGGCCUUUGGACAGGGAUAAGGAACACGUUUUUGACACAGAAAGCUGUGAAUCUUUGGAAUUCUUAACCCAGAGAACUAUCAGUACUCAAGUCACGUAAUACAUUCAAAGCUGAAAUGUGUAGAGCCUUUGAACUUUGGGAUAAUUGAAGGAGAAGGGGAUUGGUGAUAGAAUGAAGUUAAAUUGCAGAACAAUUUUGAUCUGAGUAGUAAAGCAGGCUUAUAUAUGGUCUAUUAUUCCUCCUAUUCUUUAUAAUCUUAUGAUCUUGACACUAUGAAGUUUAGAUAGGGUGUUAGAGUUGGAUUUUAUGAAAGCUAUUUAUGACUUGUCUUGGGUGGGUGGCAGAAGAUCUAUAAAAAGAUGAAGGGUGAAAUUGUAUGCCACAUUGCAUGAAGGGUGUGUUUACAUGGUAUGAGUAUCAUACAAGUAUAGGACCAACCCAAAAUGUCAACUUUCCUGCUCCUCUGAUGCUCCCUGGCCUGCCAUGUUCCUCCCGCUCAACACUGUUAUCCUUGACUCCAGCAUCUGCAGUUCUUGCUGUCUCACAGUUAGCUAUGAGAUAUGUACCAUGCUAGUGGUAGACUAUUAUCACUGCUUAUUCACCGUCAGACAGUCAAUAUCCAGAAAUCCUGACAUGUAGUCAUUGUAAGGAAUUAAAGGUGAAGGCCCAUCCAGUGUAGGCUUUAAGAUUGGGCACUAAUUGUGUUCUUAACAGUUCAGUCUUUCUCAUAGAAUGAGUAUGAUUGCAUCUGUAAGUAUUCUGCAGGAAUGGAAAGGUGACAGGAGAGUGAUUAAGUAAGUUGUAUGAGAAGCAUUACAAGUUUUGACUCUGCUUUUGAUAUUUUCUUGAUGCAAAGGGAUUGCUGUAUUAGGUCUGAAUAUCUGGCCUUCAGCAAUGUGCUCCUAACUUCAAGUAUCUAACUGUUUGGUAGCAUAACCCAGGAAGUGUAAAAUGGCCCAUUUGUGAUCUGAAGUGGCUGCUGUGGGAUGGAAUUUUUUGAUGUCCUGCUUCAACACCUCUGGGCUAGCCACCAAAAUGUGUGUGUGUGUGUGUGUGUGUACAUGUUGAGGUGGAUGGUGUUGUGAUUGAGAGAAUCCUCCUGGAAUAACUGACACUUAGCUUUUGCUAUCCUUUUGAUAGUGAAUUGAAACAUUUGGUGUGAUAAGGCCAGCUGUGCAGCAUUCAGCUGCAGUAUUUCCGUAGCCAAGUGAACACGCAUAUUGUACUCGAAGCAAAUUCUGCUUAACUCAAUCUUGACUCCUUUCUGGAAAGAUAGAAGAGGAUAAUAAACUAAGUGACAUGCUUUUUUUUAAAUUUGAUUCAUUUGCUGUUGAUAGAAUCAUUCCAGGCAACUUCUAACUAGAUUCCUUGAAAUGAAUAUUUAGCUUCUAGCUCAUACAAUAUACUCUGCUUUAAAUCCCUUGGUCAAAAUUUGAUGUCCCUGGAUGAAGAAAUUUUACCACCUUUGCAUUUGAUCUUAACCCUCAAGAAGCAGGUGGGUAAUGUCUUCAACACCUUUGUGCUGCGACCAGUUGACUACCCUAUUCUUUAGCUGCCGGCAUCCUUGUAAGUUGGGUUUGACUGUUUGUUGCCCGUAUGAAUCGUUUAACAUUCCUAGGUCAUCCUUCCUAAGGGGCCUGGAGUGGUAGAACAGACAUUCAGCUUGAAAUGUACUGAGACAUGCGAAAUUUCCUUUUGGGCUGUUGAUGUUCGUUGUGCUCAAACUCUUAAUUUUUCUUUAUCAAGCAUGCAAAUUUCCCUUGUUUUAAAAUAAUCUCAAAUACAACUCAUCCCACAAUCUAUUAGAAAGUGAGUACUAUCUAGUUGAUGAUUAUUACGUAAUGGUUAAACAUAAUUUGGAAAUACUCAAGUGCUAUGUAAUUUGAAUACUAUAUCACAGUGAACAUUGCAUGAGUAUUUUGAAUCAUGAGAAUUUUUUGAGUAAAGAGACUGUUUUAAAUGAGCAGUCAUUUUUGUAAAGAAAGAUUAUUUAUUUCUAGGAAUAGAAUAGUUGUCACUUGUAUUUGGAUCAAAUUAUAUUGCAAUGCCCACGUCGCACAAAUGAAUGAAGAGGAAGCCCUGAGGAAGUCCUACACCUUCAUAUGGUGGGACUGAAAAGGCCACAAUGGAGCAACAUCUGCACUGUUUGAACUGUGUGAGCCGGCGUUGCAUGGUUAGACCAGAGAUGAAUGUGUCAUGUGACUUGAUUGGCUGCCCCCUGGUGUGUGGAGCUGUCUUUCACUCAUGCAAAGUGACUGAACAUCGCCUACUAUGUCCCCUUGAGAGAGUGCCAUGCCUCAAUAGUGCGUUUGGAUGCCCGUUCAUCAUUGCACGGAACAAGAUUAGUGAACACCUGGAGCUUUGUCCUGCUAGUGUGGUUUGUUGCACAAUGGAAUGGAAUCGUUGGCCUGUAAGCUAUGCUGACCGCAAAUCCUAUGAAAGCUUAAGCAAAGAUGGUGAUGGAGUGGAACAGUUGGACUUGGCUUUAGCUCUUCAGGAUCAGCGGAUGCUCCUUGAGUCACUCAAAGUUGUGACCACUGCUUCAAACUCGGCUCUCAAGCAGUUCAAAAGUGAAGAGCAAAUCUCCAAGACUAUAGAGCCAUUGGAUGAACCCCCUUCCAGUUUGCUGUCAGUGAAUGAAGAAGCUUACACUGAACUGUAUCGAGCGACAGUUGAAACGACCAGAACUUUAGCGGUAGCCCUUGACCUCUUGAACAAUACAGCAAAAGAUGGGGAGCUGACAAAUGGGAGUCUACCUGAGGAGCGAUCUGAAAGGAAUAGAGAUGUCCGGGUUGUGGAGGAGGAUCCAUCAAAAUCACCGUGCUUUGUGGAAAUUAGUGACGAUCCCUGCAAAAGCGUAAUGGAGGGAGGAGCAGUUGGUGGUGCAGACUGUGAUUCUGCAGCCUAUGAUCCACCUUGGAGAGAUUGGAACUUGUGUGUGGAGGAAAAUGGAUUUCGUGCAUUGCCUGGUGUGGUGACUGAAACAGAUGAUGGCACAGAUGGAUGUAUUCAGUUAAAGACAAGUGCCUUAUGUAAUGGUUUUCACAAAGCAGAUGUGAAUGCUUAUAAUUUGGAUCAGGAGGGAGUGGAGUCAUACAACUGUGAUCAGCAAGCAGAAGAGACUAUGAAUGGUUCUUGUCAUGAAAAUGAUAUGGAUUGUGAUGGGAAUUCCUCGGAACCUGAUCACUUCUUACCUGUAUUUGCACAGCUACUUACUGUGGAAGGUUUGUUACAUCCAGACCGUUUUCAGGAGGGCUGCUUGCCUUCUGACCCCUGUGGAGUCAGAAAAUUAGUCAACAGACCUUCCGAGCGGCAAGCACUCAAGAAAAUUGCCACUUUCAAACUGUUAGACGGACACAAUGGGCGUAGGCCAUAUCUUGGGGACUUGAAUUGGUAUAGGAAAAAAAUGGAAAGCAAAGCAGUUGACACAUCAGAUCUGGAGGUGGAUGAUGACCCUCUAGAAUUACAGGGAAUUGAUCUGAUUACAGCUGCUUUAUUGUUCUGUUUGGGAGACUCUCCUAGUGGUAGAGGGAUCUCUGACAGCCGGAGUGUUGAUGGAAACCGUGUUGAUUUGGGCACACAAACUUUCUCCUUUCCAGCAGCCAUAUUAGCUACAAAUACCACAGUUGGAGAGAUUGCCUCCGCAUCUGCUUGUGACCAUGCAAAUCCUCAGCUGUCGAACCCGAGUCCUUUCCACACACUUGGGCUAGACCUGGUCUUGGAGUGUGUAACCAGAUAUCAAACAAAGCAACGCUCAAUGUUCACUUUUGUAUGUGGUCAGUUUUUCAGGAGAGAUGAGUUUCCUUCUCACUUUAAGAAUGUGCAUGGGGACAUACAUGCUGGCCUCAAUGGUUGGUUGGAACAUCGAUGCCCUUUGGCCUAUUAUGGCUGUACCUAUUCUCAGAGACGGUUCUGCCCUUCUGCCCAGGGUUCAAAAGUUAUUCAUGAUCGCCAUCUGAAGUCUUUUGGAAUCCAGCCAUGUGUUCCAUCCAUGUUGUUAGGAUCCCAUGACAGUCGGUUAUCCAGCACAGGAGUAGCUGUUGACCAAUUGAGCAAACUGCCCUUUGAGAUUUUGCAACACAUUGCUGGCUUUCUGGAUGGGUUCAGCUUAUCUCAGCUCUCUGAAGUGUCACAUUUAAUGAGGGACGUAUGCAGCAGUCUGUUGCAGGUUCGAGGAAUGGUCAUCCUGCUUUGGGAAAAAAGACAGGAUCUUCAUGGAAAGGUCUCUUGGAAAACAAAAGGCAAGGCCUGGCGCUUCAGCACUGCCUUCGGCACGGUUAAAGAGUGGAAGUUUGCAGAAAUUGCCAGCAUGGCUGAUCACCUGAAAAACUGUCGAUACAACACAGUAGAGAGGACCGGUGAAGCUGUCCCAUUGCCCUGCAUGUGUGUGACAAGGGAGCUUACCAAAGCAGGCCGCCCUUUGCGUUCUGUUCUAAAACCAGUUCUCUAAUCUCUUCGGACACUGACUGUGUACUGCAAAACAUUCUAAUCUUAAAUGUGGUCUGUCACUUUGUAUAUGAUAUAUUUUGCUUUGAUGUGAGAUUUAUUUUUGUAGUACAGUACCUUGAGCAUGCCAGCACAGGUAAUGAAAAGCGCCUUGAUGACAGGCAAAUUGAACGGAUGGACAUUUUUUGUGGAUGAAACCUUCCCCUUAUUGGAGUCUUCCAUUUGUACAUAAGGUUUUCUUGCAUGGAUCUGGCCCUUUUUCUUUUGGGGAAACAAAAGUCUACCCCCCACCCCUUCCACUACCCCUAGGCCCUGAACAAUCGUAUUGUGAAUGUUGUAGAUACAAAAGAGUUAUUGAUCGUGGCAAAAUCCUCAGCAAAACAUGGCAAUGCUCUGUCAUUAUUUGACUCGGAAAGAUGCUCAACCUGUGUGGAAUAAUUAAAAAUUAGAUGCUUCUUGUUUUUUUGAAUCACAACUCGAGCUCAUUCUGAGGUUAGAGGGAUUAUUUGUCUACAUUAUGUCAGUAAGCUAGCUGCUGCAAAGCAAUACUAUACCUCACGCUCGUCAAAAGCAAAAAUGCCACAGUGCAGUGGAUUCACACUGUACAAUUUUGCCACUUUUAGCACUUUAGUUUUACAGCCUCGUUUUAUUAAGUUGGUCACCAAUAUUUAAUAUUCAUCAUUGUUCACGUCGUUUCUCACCCUCCUGUCUUUCCUAACUCUGUGACUUUGAAUGGGGAAAUGAGCAACUUGCUUUGAAACUAAACCUAAUAGGGCUGUUUUCAGUCUGCCAAAUGAAAGGCUGUGCUUUGUGAAUCCAUCCACAUUACUGAACCUAAACUCCCCCCAGACACAAGGAGCGGGUGUCAGUUUGGAGGCCAAAGCAACUUUUACUGUUUGGUUUCACUUUUUAAUACAGUUCAUACCUCCAACUUUAGAAUGUUUUAUUAAGGGAGUGAUUGUGUGCAUUUUUGUUUACGCAUUUAGCGCCAAAAAAUUGAAUGUCUUUGCCUUCAGCCUUGGCGAUUAAAACUCUGAUCCUGUAAUGUUUUAAUGUGACCUCACAAUCAAAUGUAAUGCCUUUUCACCGCACUUUAUUGGUUUGAAACCACUGAUGGAAUGAUAUGAGGAGUGCAGGAUUUUUGUGGAAAUCUAGUUCGUCCAAUUUGAAGGCUUUGUUUAUCAGAGUAUUCAUGGAUUCCACUUGUGCUGUCAACAAAACACUGCUGCUAAUGUAGGAAUCAGUCUGCUUUCCCUUAACAUGUUUUAAAGUUUAAAAUGAAACAGACUUUGAAAAAAAUCCUGUAUGUAGCUUAGUGCUAACAUCUGUUUACAGACUUUUAUAAAAUACGUGCUUCAGAUUCACACGUUAAGACAUCUAAGUGGGAAAACUCUGAGCUUGUCUUUAAGAACACUAAUUUAUUUUAAUUUUGAAUCAUUUGUAGAAUGAGGUGAAAUGAGAAUCUGUGGGAUAUCAGUAUCUGUUGCCUGAAAUUUUUCCUGCUGGCUUCUCAGAAGAUAAAGGUAGUGUAGUUUCAACAGCCCCAAAACUAAAUUGUCUGGUACUAUGAAAUUCAGACGUAAAAAGUUGGGACCCGUGUUGAUGCAGCAGGUGACUAAAUCAGGUAUUGCAUAGCAUGGUAGACUCAGUGAAAGUUAUGGUUCAAAAUGAUGCUGCUGUGUUGGGGAGUUCCACACAGUGCCACAGGUAAAUGUUUGAAGCCCAUUUAUUUGACUUGUGGAGGGGAAAUGUUUCUGGAGCAUCAUAGACAUCAGCAUUAAAAAGGCCAGGAUCAGUUUGCUUGCUCUGUGGAUCUGGAUGUCUACCCAGUCUCCUUGGCUCUGGUGCCCUUGGCUUUGGGUUCUAACCAGUAGUUGCCCUGGCUUCUGAAUGUCCUAAGCAGCUGGCACCAUUAGCUGUCAGCAGAAAUCAAUGGGAGUUCUUGGCUGUGUGCAUGUAACUAGUGAGAUGUUUUGUACUGAAUGUUUAACCUGUCACACGAAGAAAGCAAAAGAAAGUUAAAAAUGCACAUAUUUUGUCUAGAAAGCAAUGGAACUGAAUGCAUCAUUUGAAGUUGUGCACGUGUGCGUUUUAGUUUGUGUGGAGAUACCUACAUGUCAAUUAAAUGUUGCAUUCAUUACAACUUCAUUAAACUCUGUUCAGUGAGAGUGCAUUUUGUUGCUGCGGUUUGAAGUAUGUGCAAUUUCAUUGUACUGUUCCCUUGAAGAUUGUUUGAUCUCUGCCCCUUUUCUGCAGUUGCCUCAUUUACCAAUAAUUGUGUCAUUUGGUUCCAAUGCUUAAUAUCAUGCUCCAGGAAUAGAAACUUUGCUUCAGUAAUAAAAUUCAUAUCAUUACCAUUCACUUAAACAUUACACUGGUCUACACAUAUCUAAUAUAUUUACAUUAUUACCUUUUUUAAUCUCAUGCCAGAAACAUCUGUGUAUUUUCUGCUUUCAAGUAUGAGAAGUGAAAACUAUGAAGGGUCACUUAAAAUUCUCUGAAACCAAGGUGAAGAUCAAAGGAGUCUCUAACUUAAUGUAAAAAGUAGACUUCUCUUUUCUACAUUCUAAAUUUCAGUUAUGCAAGAGUUUGUGUUGGCGGGAGAGACCUCUCCCCACUCUGCUGGUCUUUCAAUGAUGCACGAUAUUGAGCUUUUGUACUAAAUGUUUGAUUUCAUUUUAAACUACAAGAAUUCUAAUAAAAACAACUUGUCAUUUUUAUUAACUA